AUGGGCUGUACCCGAACAUGGGAGUGGUCGUUAGCGCGCCAGCUGCGCAGAACACCUGCACAGGUUGAGCUGGAGGAGCAGGUUAACAGCCUGAAAUCGGAGCUGGAGGCUGCCAGAGGUGAAGACCUGAGAGCUGCACUAGAGGAUCUGCAGGCGCGGCACGAGUCUGAGGUGAAGCAGGCGCAGUCAGCAAAGGAAGAACUUGAGCAGGCCCUCAGCUCCAAAGCGGACUUGGAGGCAAAAAUCGCUGCGCUGCAAGAAGGGGUGACGAGUCCUGUCGCGGCAGAUGCAGCAUCUGAGUCGCUUGCUGAUGAGCGUGCCCGCAGCGAGAAGUUGCAAGCAGAGGUGCGCGAGCUGACUGCCCGAAACGAUGCUCUGGAGGCCGGAGGCUGGGAGGAGGUUGGCAAAGAAGUAGCCGGGCAGCCGAGCGGCCAGGAGCAGCUGGUGCCUGCCUCGGCCCGCGUGGAAUCGGCGGGCUUGGCUGAGAUGCGUGCGGCGCGCGAGGCCUCCAAUGCGGAAGGAGAGCGUCAGCACUCUGACCUGCGAGAGGCGCAGAGUCAGGCAGCUGACGGAAACGAAGCAGCGACCAAGUUCUCGCAGGAGCUGGAACAAGAGCGUCAGCAGCGGAUCUCCGAAGGCGGAGUUAAGCCCGACCGUUCGCGGUGUGGCUUCAGCAUCCCAUUGCUUUGCAGGGCCCGCGAUGAUCUGGACGAUGCCCUGGAGAAGCAGAUGGGGCAGAGCAAGCGGCCUAGAUGGGCCCGGCAAGUUGGCAAGUUUGCCGUCGCAGAGGCACUGGAGCGCAUGCAAUCCGCCGAGCGCCUUGCGACCGCAAAGUCCGCCAACCUCGAGGUGCGCAGCGGCGUGAAGCCCGUGCUAGCAGACAACUUUUUGCCCUUUGAGGCGGCGCGAGCAGAUGCUUUGGCAAAGGAGUUGGAGGCAGCACGCUGUGAUGGAGCUGACCUUGCUUCUCCCCACUCUGCGACCGUGCUCUGUUGCCGUCUGGGUUCGCACGUCAUGCUGCGGAGCCGCGCCAAGCAGGGAGUUCCGAUUUUGGAUGGGGUGGAGGCAGAGGCUUCGAUGCCUCGUGCGGUGAAGUCGAUCAGUACAGUUGAUAUCGCAAGCUCGGCCAAGCAGCGCGUCGUCGGUGGACAAACAUUUCAAGAUGUUGAUAGCUUCAACUUGCGAUUUAUGGAUCGAUUUAUGGUGUUCCAUGCUGAGGCAACUCUGCACGCUUCGUUUGCCAUGCCACUCGGUGGAACGGUGUGCAGGAUGCGGUGGGCUUUGAUGCUCUGCAGUGCACUGGCUGUGCAGGCUGAACCUGCUGUAGAGGUGCACAUUGUUCCCCACACACACGAUGAUGUUGGCUGGCUCAAAACUGUUGAUGAAUACUUCACGGGCCAGAACAAUUCCAUUCAGCGUGCCUAUGUGCGCCUGAUCCUUGACACAGUGGUUCGCUGUUUGGAGCAGAACCCGGACCGGAAGUUCACCUACGUUGAGACGGCCUUCUUCGCGCGAUGGUGGAGGCAGCAGGAUAACUCUACCCGGCAGCUUGUGAGGCGCCUCGUCAGCUCCGGGCAGUUGGAGUUCAGCAACGGUGGCUGGUGUAUGCAUGAUGAAGCAGCGACCCACUUCUUGGACAUGAUUGACCAGACAACCUUGGGGCACAAGUUCCUCAUGGACGAGUUGAGUGCUGCUCCUCGGACCGGCUGGCAGCUGGAUCCUUUUGGGCACUCGGCGACGCAGGCUGCACUCCUCUCCGCUGAAGUGGGCUUCCAAGGGCUCUUCUUCGGCCGCAUCGAUUACCAGGACCUCGAAUUGCGAAGGGAGAAGAAGGAGGCAGAGUUCAUCUGGCGGGCCUCGCCAUCCCUCGGUUCAGAUGCGCAGGUCUUCACGGGCCUCACAGGCGAGUAUGGAGGAAACUAUGGUCCGCCAGCUGGUUUCGACUGGGAUGUCACCAGCUCGGACGAGACAAUCCAGGACGACCCUGCUCUGGAGGAUUACAACGUCAAGUCGCGGGUGGACGACUUCGUCGCCGUUGCAAUGGUUCAGGCAAAUCAAACUCGGGGCCGUCACAUCAUGAUGACGAUGGGCUCUGAUUUCCAAUACGAGGAUGCGUACACGUGGUUCUACAACCUGGACAAGCUCAUCCACCAUGUGAAUGCGGAUGGUCGCGUGCACGCGUUCUAUUCGACACCUGGGAUGUACGUCGAUGCCAAGAAAAGCGAAAAGAUCACUUGGCCCACGAAGGAAGAUGACUUUUUCCCGUAUGCGGAUGGCCCUCAUCAGUUCUGGACCGGUUAUUUUACAUCCCGUCCGACACUCAAGCGAUACAUUCGAGACACCAGCGCUUUCUUCCAGGUGGUUAAGCAGAUCAGCGUGAUCAGCAACCAGCCGGCCUCCCAAAUGGAAGGCUUGAAUGCCUUGGCAGAGGCCAUGGGAGUCGCGCAGCAUCACGACGCCGCGAGUGGCACUGCCAAGCAGCACGUGACCUUCGACUACGCCAAGCGCUUGGCCAAAGGAAGGGCAGCUGCUCUUCAAGGCGUGUCUGCGGCCUUAAGGCAGCUCACGCAAGCCCCCGCCUCUUCCGACUUCGUCUACUGCGAUCUCCGGAACGUCUCCGUCUGCGCGCCCACGCAAGCCGUCGGAAGGACCACCCAGAGGAGCUGCUUUACCCUUUGGAACGGCUUGGGCCACGCCCGAGAGGAGCUCAUUGAGCUGCCCGUGAGUACGGAGAAGCUGGAAGUGGUGAGUGGCACCGACACCGGCGCCGUCGAGUUCCAGAUCGUCGAGUCGCUGCCGUCCGUAACGAACUACGGCGCUCCUGCAGGAGGGGCCAGCAAGACGCUGCUGGUGGCUGUGAAGCUGCCGGCUGUCGGACAUGCGAGCUACUGCCUUCAGACUGCAGGUGUUGCAGCACCCACCGCGAAGCUUGCGAACAUCUCUCAAGGAGCUUGUCAGGCCUUGGAGAACGACAACCUGAAGCUGUGGUUCUGCAGUGGUAUGCUGGCGAAUAUCACAGACAAGCUGAGCAAGACUUCUACACGUGCCGAGCAGUCAUGGAUGUGGUACAAUGCAUCCGUGGGCGAUGCGGCGAGCUCUCAGGCCAGUGGUGCCUACAUCUUCCGGCCCAACCGCUCUCAGGCAUUUCCGGUCUUCACCGGCUUGCCCUUCAUGCAAGUCUUCCGUGGGCCGCUUGCCGACGAGGUGCACCAGCAGGUCGGUUCCUGGAUCUCGCAGCGGACUCGUCUGGCUCGUGGUGCAAAGCAUGUGGAGAUUACGUACACCGUGAGUGAUAUUCCGGUCGAUGAUGGUUGGGGGAAGGAGAUUGUUUCCCGCAUAAGCACCGACAUCAAGACUGACGGCACCUGCUACACAGACAGCAACGGCCGGGAGAUGUUGCAAAGAAAACGAGAUUUCCGGCCCACUUGGAAGUUGGAGCAAACCGAGGAGGUUGCAGGGAACUACUUCCCUGUGACAACCUCGAUGUUCAUCAGGGACACUGCUGCCCAGCUCACAGUCCUCACGGAUGUCGCCCAGGCCGGCACCGGCUGCAUACGAGACGGUGAGAUCGAGCUGAUGGUGCACCGCCGGCUGCUGAAGGAUGACGGCCGUGGCGUUGGCGAGCCCUUGAAUGAAACAGAGUUCGUGACCCCCUAUGUUGGAGACAAGAAUGAUCAGGGCCGCCACUACGGACCUGGCCUCGUGACCCGGGGACUGCAUGUGGUCCACUUUGGGCCGCCGGCCACAGCUGCGGCCACAUGGCGGCCUCUGAUGGACCGAAUGUACAUACCGGUGCAGCCCUUCUUCGGAGGCGGCAAGGCAACGCCAAGCGUCGGAUCCUUUGCUUUGCAGGGUGACCUGCCACGAAGCUUGCAGGUCCUCACACUCUCACGGUGGGAUGAAACGCAUAUUCUUCUUCGAAUUGGACAUCAAUUCGGGAUCGGCGAGGACUCCGAGUUGUCCAAGCCGGUGUCUGUUGACAUCAAGAAGUCCGGACAGGCGAGACCCGACUUGUCCUCCGUGGCGGCUCGCGUUGCAUGGGCCAAGGAGCGCCCGACGGGCGCGCAGAGGUGGGACCUCCUCCCACACUACUGCCAGGUCGUCCAGGGCCGGAGAGCUGAACACAGUGGCCGUGGUUGGCUUCAGGUGACCACCCGUCUUGCGGCAGAGGAAACUUGGACCUCGAAAGGGAGGUCCGAUGAAUCUCCUCGGGUCCGCGAGCACUUCGUGGUCUUCGAGCUGCCUCGUGAAACGAGCGGGGUCGCAGAGGCGCACGCCGAAGAGCAACGGAAGGCUUCCGACUUGCAGGUCCGAUUGGGCAUGGCUUGGCUAGUUGCCGAUUUGUUUCACCAAAUGGAUACAAAGCUCGAGCUUGUGGAGGUGGCCACAGUGGUCGAUGACAUGACAGACCAUGCAGAGACGACCCUUCCUUGGGUCCGGCAGAGAAUGGAACCGGUGGCCGAGCUGCAGGUUCAUGGCGUCACGCCGACGGUGUCACGAAGAAAGACGGCCGAGGAUGUGUCGCGGCAGAUGUUCGACAAGCGGGAGCUGCGAAAGCGCAACAAGUCGAUCUACCUUGAAAGACUGGGCUCUUGGCGCGAGCUGCAGAAAGAGGUCCCAGCGGGUUCCGACAGUAUGCCGUCGUCUCGUGUACGAGUCUACAUCCGGAAACGACCUUUGUUCGACCACGAGGAGAGGCUUGGGGAGUUCGAUGUCGUGAGCGUGAAGGGGGAGCAGCAGGUGGUCAUCCACAACUGCUUGACGAAAGCAGACCUGCGAUCCCUUUAUGUCUCUCACAUGGGCUUCCAGUUCACGGAAGCUUUCAACGAGGCUGCCACCAAUGACGACAUUUAUUCCCGCUGCGCUGCACCAGCUGUGCACCAUGUCUCGGCGGGGCAGGUGGCAACACUCUUCCUUUUCGGGCAAACGGGCAGUGGCAAGAGCCACACCAUGACUGGGCUCAUGCGACGGGCAGUACAAGAUCUGUUUGCAGGAAGCGAAACAGAUUCUGUGACUUGCAGGCUCACUGCUUUCGAAAUCGCCGGCAAAACCAUGCGGGACUUGCUGGGGCACGGAUCCAGUGAUCUCAAGGUCAUGGAGAAGGGAAAUAGGACUCACAUUGUGGGCGCGAACGUCUGCGAGCUGAGCAGUGCGGAGAAGUUGCAGCAACUGCUGGAAGGUGCGCUUGCUCGCCGGGCAACGCGGGCUACACAGGCCAACGACACGUCGUCCCGCUCCCAUGCCGUGUUCCGCAUCUGCCUACCAGGAGGUGCAGUGCUGACCUUGGUGGAUUGUGCUGGGAGCGAGAGGCGUCAAGACACCACGCAGCACGAUUCGCAAGGUCAGAAGGAGAGCGCUGAAAUCAACGCAACGAUCUUCGCUCUGAAGGAGUGCUUCAGAGCCAUGCGCGCGCCGAAAGGACAGCCGCCCUUUCGCAGCAGCCUGCUCACACGCGUGCUCUCCGACAGCUUCAGCAGCACCGACGCCAUGAUCGUGGCCAUAGGGACAGUGAGUCCCUCGGCGACUGAUACGGAGCACUCGCUGGCCACCGUGCGGUCUUUGCAGGAGUUGCAGGGGACGAAGAUGGCCUUCGAGGAGCAGGAGGACAUCGUCCAGCGCAAGCAGGUAGGGGAGGCCCACCCGCGCACCUGGACGGAGAAGGACGUUCGGCACUUCGUCCAAAGCGCCGCCAGUGGUGCUGCGCGGCUUCAUGCAGAGGCAGUCACAAAGGGCACUGAUGGGAAAAUCUUCACCCGGUGGCCCGUGCAGCGCUUCACUUUACUUUGCGCAGGCGAUGCGGCAUUAGGGCAGAGGCUCUUCGAGGAGCUCCGCCACCGCAUGAGGGCUGCCGGUGCCUAG